AGUGAGUUUGGGAUGAAGGCGGAUAAAGAAAGCUGUGAUAGAGUGAGAGUUGAGCGAGAUUUCGAGGCGUUAAUGUGGCGAGGCGGAGUGAAGAGGGCAAGCAUGAAAGGAGGUGGGGGGGAGUGAUAACGUGGCAAAAGAUGGGAGAGGCUGUGUCAUUGUUGGAGAGCUCAGAUAUGUGGACAUGUUGUAUACACACAGGGAGGCAGAGAGAGAGGCUGGUGCAGCGGCAGGAAGCAGCGGGAGGAGUCGCGAGAGGAGAGGCGAAUAAAACUCCACGCCCCUCUCUGCCGAGCAUCCAUUUACUGUGCAGCUGAUGUCUGCUGCUUCACUGGAUGCGUACAGACUCAGCAGUAACAGAAGACAAAAAAAAAACCCCACAGUGCACUGGGGCUCUGGUGGAUUUGGAUUACAGCACUCAGGAGUAUAUCAACCUGCCACUGUGGAGAACAAGAGGCACAGGAAGAGGUCUGUUGCAUCAUUUUUUUUUUUUUUUUUACAAGAAAUAUCCACAUUGGAUACCCUCAGAGGGAAGGAGUAUUUAUAACACAGAGUCUCACUGAAGCUGCUCUGUGCUGCGUGAAAACUGUCUGAGGAGGAUCUGAAGAAUUCAUCCAACUGAGGAGUGGCGUAAGAAAGCUGCAGUCUCUCCACUUUAUCUACCUGGGAUCCUACAGGUUGCUCUCAAGCUCUCAAGUUUUUCAAACAUGACCACCAUGCAGAAGCUGCUGCAGCUGCCGGUGAACGCGGUGAACAUCGUGAAGACGGUGCAGAGUCAGGUCCAAGGCCAGGAGGAGGACAAGAGCCCCGUGCUGACCCCUGACAGCGGGCAGCAGGCCUGGUACAGUGCCCUGCAGCCCGACGAGCUGCGCCACCUUCGAUCUGGGGGUACAGGAGGAGGAGGAGGAGGCGGAGGUGGAGGAGGAGGCGGUGGAGACAAUGAGGAGCGAGCACUAUCGGAGGAAGGUGGUGGAGGUGGUGGCAGUUUCCAAACUCAACCUUUGCGACAUGACGACUUGAAGGAGAUGCUGGACAGCAACAAAGACUCGCUGAAGCUGGAGGCAAUGAAGCGCAUCGUGGCUAUGAUCGCCCGAGGUAAAAAUGCAUCAGAUCUCUUCCCUGCUGUGGUGAAAAAUGUGGCCUGCAAAAACAUUGAGGUGAAGAAGCUGGUCUAUGUUUACUUGGUGCGAUAUGCCGAGGAGCAGCAGGAUCUCGCUCUGCUCUCCAUUUCCACUUUUCAGCGAGGGCUGAAGGAUCCGAACCAGCUGAUCAGAGCCAGCGCUCUGCGAGUCCUCUCCAGCAUCCGAGUCACCAUCAUCGUCCCCAUAAUGAUGUUGGCCAUCAAAGAGGCUGCCUCUGAUAUGUCUCCAUACGUCAGGAAGACGGCUGCUCACGCAAUUCCUAAACUCUACAGUUUGGAUCCAGAACAAAAGGACCAGCUGAUUGAAGUCAUAGAGAAACUCCUCGCUGAUAAAACCACGCUGGUGGCAGGAAGCGUUGUCAUGGCUUUCGAGGAGGUGUGUCCGGAGCGCAUUGACCUGAUCCACAAGAACUACAGGAAGCUGUGUAACCUCCUGAUCGACGUGGAGGAGUGGGGGCAGGUUGUCAUCAUCAACAUGCUGACUCGCUACGCCAGGACCCAGUUCCUCAACCCAAACAUGAAUCAGGAGUCCCUGCUGGAGGAGGGAAGCGACAAGACCUUCUACGGCUCAGAUGAAGAUGAGGACGAGGACGAGGAGGAGAAAGAAAAGAAGGCAGAGGCGACCACCAUGGCCAAGAGGAAGCCGUAUGUGAUGGAUCCAGACCACCGGCUGCUGCUGAGGAACACCAAGCCGCUCCUGCAGAGCCGCAACGCAGCUGUGGUGAUGGCUGUGGCCCAGCUGUAUUUCCAUCUUGCCCCUAAAGCAGAAGUUGGGGUGAUUGCCAAGGCCCUGGUCCGUCUCCUAAGGAGCCACAGUGAGGUCCAGUAUGUCGUCCUUCAGAACGUGGCAACAAUGACGAUUAAGAGAAGGGGAAUGUUUGAACCGUACCUGAAGAGUUUCUACAUCCGCUCCACAGACCCGACCCAGAUAAAAGUCCUCAAGCUGGAGGUUCUCACCAAUCUGGCCAAUGAGACGAACAUUUCCACCAUCCUCAGAGAGUUUCAGACGUACAUUAAAAGCAUGGAUAAAGACUUUGUGGCCGCCACGAUCCAAGCCAUCGGCCGCUGUGCUACUAAUAUCGGCGAGGUGAGGGACACGUGUCUGAACGGCCUGGUGCAGCUGCUGUCCAACCGAGACGAGCUGGUUGUAGCUGAGUCUGUGGUGGUUAUUAAGAAGCUGCUGCAGAUGCAACCAGAGAAGCACAGUGACAUCAUAAAGCACAUGGCGAAACUAACAGACAACAUCCAGGUGCCGAUGGCGCGGGCCAGCAUCCUGUGGCUGAUUGGAGAAUAUUGUGAGCAUGUACCGAAGAUUGCCCCAGAUGUCCUGAGGAAGAUGGCCAAGUCGUUCACCUGUGAAGAGGACAUUGUCAAGCUACAAAUCAUCAAUUUGGCUGCCAAGCUUUAUCUCACCAACUCUAAACAGACCAAACUGUUGACGCAGUAUGUUCUCAAUUUGGCCAAGUAUGACCAGAACUAUGACAUCCGUGAUCGGGCACGCUUCAUCCGCCAGCUCAUUGUGCCCACUGAGAAGAGUGGAGCUCUCAGCAAGUACGCUAAGAAACUGUUCCUCGCCCUCAAGCCUGCACCGGUGCUCGAGUCUCCAUUUAAAGAUCGAGACCACUUCCAGUUGGGUUCAUUGUCCCACUUGCUGAAUGCCAAGGCUGGCGGCUACCAGGAGUUGCCUGACUGGCCUGAAGCCGCCCCAGACCCCUCCGUGCGCAACGUGGAGGUUUUUACGCUGCUUGAAAGAGUCACAACAUUAACGAGUGUGCCUGAAUGGACCAAGUGCAGCAGCCGAGAGAAGAGGAAGGAGAAGAAAGUGGAGAAGCCGUUCUACUCUGACUCGGAGGGCGAGUCUGGGCCGACAGAGUCAGCUGACAGUGAGUCGGACUCUGCCAGCGGCUCUGAGAGUGGCAGUGGCAGCGAGGACAGCGGGUCGGGAUCAGAGAGUGAAGAGAGCGAGGAAGGCUCCGAGUCUGAGGAUGAGGAGGAGGAUGAGGAGGAGGAGAAGGACAAGAAGAAGAAAAAGAAGGAAUUAAAGAAGCCGGUGCAAGAAAGUGAAAGCGAGCAGAGCAGUGAAGAAGAAGAGAGGAAGCAUGACAGGAAGAGUAAACAACGUAAGAGCGACUCAGAGUCUGAAUCUGACGAUGAGGACGAGAGCGAGUCUGAAAGCAGCCAAUCAGAGUCCGAAGACUCUGAGUCUGAGACAGAGGUCAAAAAGAAAAAAAAGGCAGCUGAAUCAAAACCUCCGUCUAAACCUGUCAAGAAGGAGAGCAAGAAAGAGAAGAAAGAAAUGUCUCUGCUCGACCUCGAUGAUUUCGAACCUGCUCCCUCUCCUCAAGUCACACCCGUCAACACCUUCCUGUCCAACAGCCUUGUGACCGACCUGGAGGGACUGUCUCUGUCUGACGCUGUUCUCUCUCCAGCAACCAUCGCUCCCUCCAGUGCACUGAAGAGCUACGAGCUGCUGCACCGGAUCACAGGGGAGGGUCUGUCGGUGGAGUACUGCUUCAGCCGACAGCCGUUCAGCCCUGACGGCAACAUGGUGGCGGUGCAGAUGCAGUUCACCAACAACGCCACCUCCGAGACCAAGAACCUGCACAUGGAGGACGUGAAGCUCCAGUCUGGGAUGAGGGUGAAAGAGUUUUCUGAGAUUGAGCUGCUGCCAGCAGGUGAAACAGCCACAGCCGUGAUGGGCAUCGAUUUCUGUGACUCAACACAAGCUGCAAACUUCCAGCUGUGCACUCACACCAGGAAAUUCUUCGUGUCGAUUCAGCCGCCGGUCGGGGAGCUGAUGAGGCCCGUCUUCCUGACAGAGAAUGAGUUUAAAAAGGAGCAAGGUCAGCUAAUGGGUAUGAACGAGAUCACGGAGAAGCUAACCCUGGAUGCAAAGUGCCGGAACGAACACGCUAUUGUCCAGAGGGUGACCACCGCCGCCAACCUCAGCAGAGUCCCCUGUGGGUCAGAUAAAGAGUGCAGGUUCGCCGGCAGGACGGUGACCAGCAGCAGCCUGGUGUUGGUCACCGUGGCGACCAAAGAGGAAGGAGCCGCCCAGCUGACGGUCAACUGUGAGAAAAUGGUGAUCGGCACGAUGCUGGUGAAGGACAUCCUCCUGGCUCUGACGCAGUGACGUGUGACCUUUUUGCCCUCUGCCGCCCCCCCUCGCCCCAACACGCCUCUCACAUGUCAUCCAUCACACGUGUAGCAUCUCCUCCAUUCUCCUGUUAGCAGCAUCGGCGAGGAAGUUUCCAGAAUGUUUUAACUCCAGUUUGUUGUCUGUUCAGGAGCCCUCUACUUUUACAAAUUACUCCUUUAUUUACUGAAUGCCACAGUUGUACGUGAUAUUUACGACAAUCAGACAUGACCUGAUAUGAAAUCCCUCCCUGACAUGACUUCAUCCAAAUAUAGAUAGGUUGGAACGUAUUUUUUCUUCCCAGAGCCGAUUUAUUGGACUCCAGUUUCUGAAUUAACCUAAAUUUGAUUUGUGUAUCUUUUAAACUUGAAAUCUACUUAAAUGAAAAGCAGAAUUUGCUCAUUGUAUAAACAGGACCGGAGACAAGCUUGAAGGUUCAAACGUUUAUAGAACACAAGGUCCACUUACUUUAUGUUUUGAAGGCUUUCAGCUACAGUUUGUGGUCUUCCUCUCGGCAGAUGGAGUGACUUGUUUGUUGUGGACUGAGACUGACUGAAGGCAAGGCGAGUUUAUCUGUAUAGCACCUUUUAACAACAGUGCAACUCAAAGUGCUUAAAGGGCGGGUCCAUUAUUUAUUUAUUUAUUUAUUUAGAGGGUUUCAAGGGCCGUUGUGAGCAUUUAUACUUGUGCGGUGGUGUGUCUGUGUCACUCUGCAGUUACACCUCCAGAACACUAGUCGAUGGUGGGGUUGUUUCUGUGAAGUGCUGUAAAGUUUAAUUGAUUGAAAACAGACAAACACAUUUUCCCCACAAAUACAACAUGCUAAUGUUUUUAGCACAAGCCUAUGGCAUUUUACAUUGUAUAAAUUAGCCUAGCAGCUAGCAGACUUUUCCUCUACUCAUAUAAAACCAGGGACAACAGCAACAUUUUCAGCUUACAGAAAUAGACAGGGGAUCUGCAUCGCCAUGACGUGUAGUUACGUUUCUGGGGAGGUGCACAUGAGGUUACUUAGUCAGUUGAAGCUCACCUAAAUUUUUCUGGGAGUUUGUUCCAUAUAAUGUGACACAGAGAAGUUAAUGAAUGCUGUUUAGUUUUGACUCUGGGAACAAGUAAGAAGAUCCAGCAGUUCAUUAUGUAGCAACAGAUCAGAGAUGUGUCACAGCAUCAACUGAGAGGACGUUAAUGUCUUGAUGACUCGGAGAAGCAUAAAUGAGACCAUUCGCAUCCAAUGAUAACACUCCAAAAUAUGAACAGCUUCAUUAUUUCAAUGUUAUGUACUAAGGUUAUGUGAUAGAGACUCCAUCUGUUGAAGAAGGCCGUGAGAUUUUUUUCGAGUGUUUCAAACACACAGUGAGUGAACUUUGUGUUAAGAAUUAAUUCAUCAAAACAAAAAGGUCUUUUCUUUCUCUUAAAAAAUAAUCCAUUUUUCACCCAUAAAAUUAAGUUUAUUUUAAAAUGUUUUAGCUUGUUAGUUUUUAGCAAUCAGACUAUUUUAAGAUGUAGUUAAUAUAAGUAAUAGAUUACACUGUAGUACAAAUUCCCCUCAAAACACCACGAUAAAACUCAGACUGUCAGGUCAGUAAAUCACUCAUUCAGUUAUUUGAAGUACUUGAAUGUAGCACGAAGGCUCGACUGAGACAAUGACUACCUAUAACUGAAUCAUUUUGGCACAAUAAAUCAAUAACUGCUCCGCCGGGGAUCAAAGACGGACCUUCAUCUCAAACUCGCCGUCAUAGUGCACAUGUUCAUCACAACAAGAGGGGCGUUUAUAAAAACUGAAGAUGUAUAAAUGUUACUGUAUGUAUUGCAACAUGUAAUACAGUACUGCUAUAAGUAAGUUGUGAUGUGUGUGUGUGUGAGUGAGUGUGUGUGUGAGUGAGUGUGUGUGUGUGUGUGUGUGUGAUGACACUGAAUACUGACCUGUCAAACAUUAAACCUGCUGAAUGACUCAAAGUGACACUCAACUUGAAAUCAUCAUGAAGCACAUAAAGAAAAUAACAUAUAGGAGAUAAAGAAACUAAGACAAGUGUUACAGGACACAAAGAUUUUCAACACUUUAAAUAUUACAUUAAAUUAUCGAUUUAGAGAUUUGUCUUGUUCAAAUUAUGGCAGAAUUGUAGAAAAUGAAAAUUAUUUCUAGGGUUUCUAUUAACACUGAUUAAUCAUUAUUUAAUAAUCUGUUAAUUAAUAUUUUCUUGAUUUUUCAUUGGCCCAUAAAAUGUGAGAAAAUAUCAGUUUAAUAUCACAGGAAAUUGAUUUAACACUCAUUCUUAAAAACUGGGACAAAACCUUAUUUCGUGCUUUUUGAUUUUUACGCUACAAUUAGGGUGGGAAAAAAAUAUUUAAAAAGAUCAGUCUUGAUAAUUAAACCUUGUAAUGGGCCUUUUUUUCCUCAAGUAGCAUACAUAACAAUAACAAUUAUAAUAAUACUUGAUUUGUAUAGCAUUUUUUUAAAACAGUUACAAAGUCCUUUAUGAGAUAAAUAAAAUAGUGUACACCAUCAAGAUAAAAAUAUUGAACAUAGGCUAAGACCAGAUAAAUCAGUAUGUAAUAAAAAUAAAUAAAUAAAUAAAUAAUAAAAUUGAUUUAAAAAAAAAACUACACACAUGAUAGUUGUCAGAGGUCAGAUCUAAUGAGGCUGAUGUCUUAUGGAGUUACCAAGAGUUCUCUUAAAGGUAGGAUCUGGAGGAUUUUCAAACAAAACAAAAUAUAGACAUAUACAAAUGAAAUCCUGCUUAAUCAUCACCUGUGGGCUUCUACUCGUGUGGUGGUGACUCUGUUUGCAGAGCUCCUGCCCUUUGACUGUAUUUUGAUAUUUUUGUGAGCUCGGACCGCUUCUGGGCGGAGAUUUACCCAGCCAAUGAGAGACCGCAGGUGCCGUGCCUGAACGUGUCCGAACGUGCGAGCCUUGCCUGAACCUCUUCUGUGAAGCCUUUUUCCGUACCUCCAGGCUCCGUACACCCGGGAGAGUUGAGCCUGAUAGGAGGGGCCGGAUUUGAAUGUGUGUUUACAAACAGCAACUGGAAAAUCCUCCAGACCCUACCUUUAAUGCUAAGCAAAAUACUCAUUUUCAAACUUUAAUUUGUAUUUAGUUUUGAUUUAGAGCAGCUACAGAGUUAACAUGUUAUGGUUGAGACACACCUGACAGCAACUUUAUUUAAUUAAUGUAUCCUAAAAUAUUAAAGAGAUAGUG